UUUCUCAAUGAACAUCUUGUCACUAUUCGGCGACAAUUUCCUGCUGCAAAUGAACAUUAUGUUCAGAGUGUUCAUUUUCGGGAAUUUGCAAACUGGUUUAAGGAACAUUUAACCAUGAAGAAAAGGAAGAUUGGUCGACCGCGCACCAUGUUUGAAUAUAUGAAUUCCAGUAGCUCUCAAUCUUCAAGUAGCAGCAUCUCAUCACAACAGCCACCGCCACCUCCUCCACCACCACAACCCCCUCGACUACCAUCUCCACCAGCAGAGGUGGAAGUACAAGUUACUGCUGCAAAUACCAGAGGUCAAAGUAAGGGUAUUCCGGAGUGGAAUACUGGAGUUAAAGUCGAAAUCAUGUUUGAUUCUACCUUCCAGCCUGUAGGAGAUAGGGCUGCCCAAUUAAAAUCGCAAUUGGGACAAAUUGUACGGGAUGGCCAAAGAAUUCCCCUAACAAUAAUAGAUUGGAAGUCUGUUGGAGCUGAUGUGAAAGAUGGAAUAUGGAAAGAAGUUAAGGAUAAUUUGCUGAAUGUUCCAGAAGGAUAUAAAACUGUAUGUCUAAGAUGUUGCAAUAAUCUGUGGAAGGAUCAUAAAAGCAAAACAAAACUCCACUUCUUUGAGAUAAACAAAGAAGAUCCAGAUCUUAUUUCAAAAGUUCCUGCCAAUAUUGUGACAGAGCAAUGGAGUGAGCUAGUUGCCUAUUGGAGUAGUGAGGAUGCUAAGGUGAUAGCAAGACGAAAUUCUAUCAAUAGGGAGCUUCGGGGACCAGUUCAUACUACUGGUCGAAAACAUUUUGCUCAAUUACGAUUUGAGAUGGAGCAAAAUGGAGAAGAAACGGAUAAGAUGAAUGUGUGGAAAAGAGCACGAGACCAGUCAAAAUCGGAAGUGGUCCAAGUCAUUGAAGAAUAUGAAAAACGACUUUUAUUAGAAUCUGAGGACCAAAGGAACCUUAAGGUUGUUAAAGACCGGAUAUUUCAUGAAUUGAUUGGAGAGGAUGGCCAUGGAUAUUGUUGCACCUAUGGAUCUGCCGUGCCUCGAAGAUUUAUCUACCCACUUGCACCAAAUUCCUAUGAAACCACUGAUGAUCUAAUACAAAAGGUAACAGAGUCUGUGUCAAAGAAGUUUCAGGAUCAGCUUAAUAUGCUUCAAGCUCGAAUUGAUUUUCUGGAGAACAAAGAGGGGAGAGGCACAGACCAAAUUGGACAGGUCCCAGAUGCAACUAGUGACCGUGAAAUUCGGAGGGAGUCUAUAGGAGAAGGGAAUCCAGGUUCAAGCAGAGAUAGAGCAAUGGACUGAGUUUCAAUAUUAUUGCACAUAUAUGACUGUGCAAUGUUGAAAUUUUUGUUAAGUGUUACUUUUGGUUGUCUUAUUUAGAUGCUUGGUUUUGGGUAUGACUUUGUAGUAUGUACUUCUUCUAAUUACAUAUUCGGAUACUGCAACAACUUAAUUACAUUGCAAUGAAAUAGAUGAGUUAAUGAACAAUACGUGUUGUA